AGCAGAGGGGUCGGAGCACAAGUCUCAGGGAUCAGGCAAGGAGAGUGGGAACCCAGCUGAUUUCUGUUUUUCAUCGCUCCUCUACCUCUAUAACAGGGAAUCGGGAUUUAAACGGGAUGAGAUUUGAGGACCCGAACAUACUUUAUGGAGUUGUAGUGUUCUGCGCUGAGUUGUCCUUGAAGCAAGUGUGUCGGACGCUUGAGUCGUGGGUAGGCAAUUUGAGAAUUUCUUUCGUCUCAGCCCAAAGACAAAGCGAGUUUAACAAGUAUAACAAGCUAGACAUACAGCACACAUCUAUAGAGCAAAUCAAACCAAAAUACACGUUUUCCAGAGCUUCUCGUGGGAACACGGCUGAAACCAGUUCAAGCAGAGGCACAUUGGCUACGCUGUGCAUAACUCUCGGACGGCUAACUCGCAGGGAGUGGGAAUAAGCAGGCGGUUUGCCGACUCAAAAAACUGACCAUGCCUGCGCGUAGCUCGAAAAGAAGACGACAGAAUGCGAUCGCUAUGACGGAAGAUGGCAGCAGCAGCAGCGACAGCUUGGGAAAUUCUAUGAAAAAGAUGCUGAAAUGCGUGGUGGUCGGAGACGGCGCCGUGGGGAAGACCUGUUUGCUGAUGAGUUAUGCAAAUGACGCGUUCCCAGAGGAGUACGUCCCGACUGUGUUUGAUCACUACGCAGUGAAUGUGACGGUAUCGGGGACGCAGCACCUUCUGGGCCUGUAUGACACUGCUGGACAGGAAGACUACAACCAGUUGCGGCCGUUGUCCUACCCCAACACCGACGUCUUCCUCAUCUGCUUCUCCGUGGUCAACCCGGCUUCCUACCACAACGUCCAGGAGGAGUGGGUCCCCGAGCUGAAGGCCUGCAUGCCUCAUGUGCCCUACAUCCUAAUCGGCACCCAGAUCGACUUGCGAGAUGAUCCCAAGACGCUGGCUCGCCUGCUCCAUAUGAAAGAGAAACCUCUGACCUAUGAGCAGGGACUCAAGCUGGCCAGAGAGAUCGGAGCUCAGUGUUACCUGGAGUGCUCUGCCUUGACUCAGAAGGGGCUGAAGACAGUGUUUGAUGAGGCCAUCCUGACCAUAUUCAGCCCCAAAAAGCAGAAGAAGGGAUGCACGCCUUGCUGGAGCUGCUGCACAAUUGUAUGAGCCCAGCAAGGGGCUGUGGGGGACGCCCCCUUACCUCCCCCAGCCCUACUGGAACACCUCCCCUCCCCCCGGGUGUGAGACUGCCUCUGGUGCAGAUGUGGGUGACGCUCUCCCACAGUUCGGGGUGUUCAGAGGGGACCCCAUGCCUCCCAGCCCACACCAAGACCUCUGUCUGAGAGCCAACAGCUGGAGCUUCAGAACCCUUUCCUCCUCCCCCCGUCCCACACACUCCCACUCCAAACCCUCUUGGAGUGUUGUUCCCCCUGGCCAGCCACCACCCAUCUUCCAGCCACAAAGCCAAAGGCUCAACAUGUGGCCUUACUUCUCCUCUGUGACCUCCAUUUUCCUUAAACCUUACCUCUC